CCCCUGGGCGCGUUGCUGGUCACCGCAGGCUUGCCCCUGCCUGGUGCCGUUUGAUCCGCUCCAGAGUGCGGUGAGGUGGAGCAGGCCGGUACCGCCCCGCUUUUGUGUGUUUUUGUUUUUGUUUUGUUUUUGUUUUUUAACAUUCCCAUCCCCACCCCUAUUGCAGCCUCAGAGGAAAUUGAGGCUAAGUGACCGGGCCGAAGGACGGCAAGCAGUGGUCGCCUCUCGAAGCCGGGUCUUGCAGUGCUGCUCAUGGAUUAACCAGACUGCCUGAAUGGUUUAAGGGUACACAGGGUACGUUUGAUUCAGAGGCUUCUGGAACGUCGAAAUUAUCUACUUUGGAAAGAACCAGCCCCUCUUUGGGCGUUAAGGGCCCAGAUUGAGGCGCGAUGAUGAGAGGAUGUGGUGGUCCACUCUGAUGUCAAUCUUGAGGGCUAGGUCGGAGAAGAAGCAGAGAGAUCCGUGUGGCUGGAGCACAGCAAAUCAGAGAAGCAAGUUGGGAAACAUUGGCAGAAGCCAGAUCCUGUAUCUGAGCUUGAGGACAGACACUGUGUUUUUUUCUUUGGAACCUCAGUGCCCAGAAGUCAUCCUGGACAAAUGUUUGUGAAAUGAGCAAGGCAAAGUUAUGGAUGAAGUCACUCAGGCAAGAAAGUAAAAGUUCUUUUUGGAGGUGGAUAUCUGCUCAGACGAUAAGAAUUAUAAGAGCUCUGAGAGCUCGUUUUGAAGGAAUAAUGGAUGAACCGUCUCCCUUGGCCAAACCUCUGGAGCUGAACCAGCACUCCCGAUUCAUAAUUGGUUCUGUGUCUGAAGACAACUCAGAGGAUGAGAUUAGCAACCUAGUGAAGCUGGAGCUACUGGAGGAAAAGGAGGGCUCUCUGUCACCAGCCUCUGUCAGCUCAGAUACACUCUCUGACUUGGGGAUCUCUAGCCUGCAGGAUGGCUUGGCCUUACACAUGAGGUCCAGCAUGUCUGGCUUGCACCUAGUAAAGCAAGGUCGAGACCGAAAGAAAGUAGACUCACAGCGAGAUUUCACUGUAGCUUCUCCAGCAGAAUUUGUUACUCGUUUUGGUGGAAAUAAAGUGAUUGAGAAGGUUCUCAUUGCUAACAAUGGAAUUGCAGCAGUGAAAUGCAUGCGAUCUAUCCGCCGGUGGUCUUAUGAAAUGUUUCGAAACGAACGUGCAAUCCGAUUUGUUGUCAUGGUCACACCUGAAGACCUGAAAGCCAAUGCAGAAUACAUUAAGAUGGCAGAUCACUAUGUGCCAGUGCCAGGAGGACCAAACAACAACAACUAUGCAAAUGUGGAAUUAAUUCUUGAUAUCGCUAAAAGGAUCCCUGUACAAGCAGUGUGGGCUGGCUGGGGUCAUGCUUCCGAGAAUCCCAAGCUCCCAGAACUUCUUUUGAAAAAUGGCAUCGCCUUCAUGGGUCCUCCAAGCCAGGCCAUGUGGGCUUUGGGGGAUAAGAUUGCGUCUUCCAUAGUGGCUCAAACUGCAGGUAUCCCGACGCUUCCAUGGAGUGGCAGUGGUCUUUGUGUGGACUGGCAUGAAAGUGACUUUUCCAAACGUAUAUUAAAUGUUCCUCAGGAACUAUAUGAAAAAGGUUACGUGAAGGAUGUGGAUGAUGGAAUGAAGGCAGCAGAGGAAGUUGGGUAUCCAGUAAUGAUCAAGGCCUCAGAAGGAGGAGGAGGGAAGGGAAUCAGAAAAGUCAACAACGCCGAUGACUUCCCUAACCUCUUCAGACAGGUUCAAGCAGAAGUCCCUGGGUCUCCUAUCUUUGUGAUGAGACUAGCCAAACAGUCUCGUCAUCUGGAGGUGCAGAUCUUAGCAGAUCAGUAUGGCAACGCUAUCUCCUUGUUUGGUCGGGAUUGCUCUGUGCAGCGCAGGCAUCAGAAGAUUAUCGAAGAGGCACCUGCUGCAAUUGCUACUCCAGCAGUAUUUGAACAUAUGGAACAGUGUGCGGUGAAACUUGCCAAAAUGGUCGGCUAUGUGAGCGCUGGGACUGUGGAGUACCUCUACAGCCAGGAUGGCAGCUUCUACUUUCUGGAGCUGAACCCUCGGCUCCAGGUGGAGCACCCUUGUACAGAGAUGGUGGCUGAUGUCAACCUCCCCGCAGCACAGCUCCAGAUUGCCAUGGGGAUCCCUCUGUACAGAAUCAAGGAUAUCCGUAUGAUGUAUGGGGUAUCUCCCUGGGGCGAUGCUCCCAUUGAUUUUGAAAAUUCUGCUCAUGUUCCUUGUCCAAGGGGCCAUGUUAUUGCCGCUCGGAUCACUAGUGAAAAUCCAGAUGAGGGUUUUAAGCCCAGCUCAGGAACAGUUCAGGAACUGAAUUUCCGCAGCAAUAAGAACGUUUGGGGUUAUUUCAGUGUUGCUGCUGCAGGGGGACUUCAUGAAUUUGCUGAUUCUCAGUUUGGUCACUGCUUUUCCUGGGGAGAAAACCGAGAGGAAGCAAUUUCAAACAUGGUGGUGGCUUUGAAGGAGCUCUCUAUUCGGGGCGACUUUCGAACUACAGUUGAAUACCUGAUCAAAUUGUUGGAGACGGAAAGCUUUCAGCUGAAUAGAAUUGACACUGGCUGGCUGGACAGACUGAUAGCAGAAAAAGUACAGGCAGAGAGACCUGACACCAUGCUGGGAGUUGUAUGUGGGGCUCUCCACGUGGCCGAUGUGAGCCUGCGCAAUAGCAUCUCUAACUUCCUUCACUCCUUAGAGAGGGGUCAAGUCCUUUCUGCUCAUACACUUCUGAAUACAGUAGAUGUUGAACUUAUCUACGAGGGAGUCAAGUACGUACUGAAGGUGACUCGACAGUCCCCUAACUCUUAUGUGGUGAUCAUGAACGGCUCAUGUGUGGAAGUAGACGUGCAUCGACUGAGCGACGGAGGACUGCUCUUGUCCUAUGAUGGCAGCAGCUACACCACAUACAUGAAGGAAGAGGUGGACAGGUAUCGCAUCACGAUUGGCAAUAAAACCUGUGUGUUUGAGAAGGAAAAUGACCCUUCAGUGUUGCGCUCACCUUCUGCUGGGAAGUUAAUCCAGUACAUUGUGGAGGAUGGAGGCCAUGUGUUUGCGGGCCAGUGCUAUGCUGAGAUCGAGGUGAUGAAGAUGGUAAUGACCUUAACAGCUGCAGAGUCUGGCUGUAUCCAUUAUGUCAAGCGGCCUGGAGCAGCUCUCGACCCUGGCUGUGUACUAGCCAAAAUGCAGUUAGACAACCCCAGCAAGGUCCAGCAGGCCGAGCUUCACACGGGUAGCCUGCCACAGAUCCAGAGCACAGCACUCAGAGGCGAGAAGCUCCACCGAGUGUUCCACUAUGUCCUGGAUAAUCUGGUCAACGUCAUGAAUGGAUACUGCCUUCCAGACCCUUUCUUCAGCAGCAGGGUGAAAGACUGGGUAGAGCGGUUGAUGAAGACCCUCAGAGACCCCUCCUUGCCUCUCCUAGAGUUGCAAGAUAUCAUGACCAGCGUCUCUGGCCGUAUCCCCCCCAAUGUGGAGAAGUCUAUCAAGAAGGAAAUGGCUCAGUAUGCCAGCAACAUCACAUCAGUCCUCUGUCAGUUUCCCAGCCAGCAGAUUGCCAACAUCCUAGACAGCCACGCAGCUACGUUGAAUCGGAAGUCUGAACGGGAAGUCUUCUUCAUGAACACUCAGAGCAUCGUCCAGCUGGUACAGAGGUACCGAAGCGGCAUCCGAGGCCACAUGAAGGCCGUGGUGAUGGAUCUGCUGCGGCAGUACCUGCGAGUAGAAACCCAAUUCCAGAACGGUCACUAUGACAAAUGCGUGUUCACCCUUCGGGAGGAGAACAAGAGUGACAUGAACACUGUGCUGAACUACAUCUUCUCUCACGCUCAAGUCACCAAGAAGAAUCUUCUGGUCACAAUGCUCAUUGAUCAGUUGUGUGGCCGGGACCCUACUCUUACUGACGAGCUGCUGAAUAUCCUCACAGAGCUAACUCAACUCAGUAAGACCACCAACGCUAAAGUGGCGCUUCGAGCACGCCAGGUUCUUAUUGCCUCCCAUUUGCCAUCAUAUGAGCUUCGCCAUAACCAAGUAGAGUCUAUCUUCCUAUCAGCUAUUGACAUGUACGGACAUCAGUUUUGCAUUGAGAACCUGCAGAAACUCAUCUUGUCUGAAACAUCCAUUUUCGAUGUCCUACCAAACUUCUUCUAUCACAGCAACCAGGUGGUGAGGAUGGCAGCUCUGGAGGUGUAUGUUCGAAGGGCUUAUAUUGCCUAUGAACUUAACAGUGUACAACACCGCCAGCUUAAGGACAACACCUGCGUGGUGGAAUUCCAGUUCAUGCUGCCCACAUCCCACCCAAACAGAGGGAACAUCCCCACGCUAAACAGAAUGUCCUUCUCCUCCAACCUCAACCACUAUGGCAUGACUCAUGUAGCUAGUGUCAGCGACGUGCUGCUGGACAACUCAUUCACUCCACCGUGUCAGCGGAUGGGCGGAAUGGUCUCUUUUCGGACUUUUGAAGAUUUUGUCAGGAUCUUUGACGAAGUGAUGGGCUGCUUCUGUGAUUCCCCACCCCAAAGCCCCACGUUCCCUGAGGCAGGUCACACAUCUCUUUACGACGAAGACAAGGUCCCCCGGGAUGAACCGAUACACAUUCUGAAUGUGGCUAUCAAGACUGACUGUGACAUUGAGGAUGACAGGCUGGCAGCGAUGUUCCGAGAAUUUACCCAGCAAAAUAAAGCUACCCUGGUUGAGCAUGGGAUUCGGCGCCUCACUUUCCUGGUUGCACAAAAGGAUUUCAGAAAACAGGUCAACUAUGAAGUAGAUCAGAGAUUUCAUAGAGAAUUCCCUAAAUUUUUCACAUUCCGAGCAAGGGAUAAGUUUGAGGAAGACCGUAUCUAUCGUCACCUGGAGCCUGCCCUGGCUUUCCAGUUAGAGCUGAACCGGAUGAGAAACUUUGACCUUACUGCCAUUCCAUGUGCUAAUCACAAGAUGCACCUGUACCUUGGGGCAGCCAAGGUGGAAGUGGGCACCGAAGUGACAGACUACAGGUUCUUUGUCCGUGCAAUCAUCAGACAUUCUGACCUGGUCACCAAGGAAGCCUCCUUUGAAUAUCUACAAAAUGAAGGGGAGCGGCUGCUCCUGGAAGCCAUGGAUGAGUUGGAAGUUGCUUUUAACAAUACAAAUGUCCGGACUGACUGCAACCACAUCUUCCUCAACUUUGUGCCGACAGUCAUCAUGGACCCAUCAAAGAUUGAGGAGUCUGUGCGGAGCAUGGUGAUGCGCUACGGAAGUCGGCUGUGGAAAUUACGCGUCCUCCAGGCAGAACUGAAAAUCAACAUCCGCCUGACGCCAACUGGAAAAGCGAUUCCCAUCCGCCUCUUCCUGACAAACGAAUCUGGUUAUUACUUGGACAUCAGCCUCUACAAGGAAGUGACCGACUCCAGGACAGCACAGAUCAUGUUUCAAGCAUAUGGAGACAAACAGGGACCAUUACAUGGAAUGUUAAUCAACACUCCGUAUGUGACCAAAGACCUGCUUCAAUCAAAGAGGUUCCAGGCACAGUCCUUAGGGACAACAUACAUAUAUGAUAUCCCAGAGAUGUUUCGGCAGUCCCUGAUCAAACUCUGGGAGUCUAUGUCCACUCAAGCAUUCCUUCCAUCACCCCCUCUGCCUUCUGACCUGCUGACCUAUACGGAGCUCGUGUUGGACGAUCAAGGUCAACUGGUUCACAUGAACAGACUUCCAGGAGGAAACGAGAUCGGCAUGGUAGCUUGGAAAAUGACCCUUAAAAGUCCUGAGUAUCCAGAAGGCCGAGAUAUCAUUGUCAUUGGCAAUGAUAUCACAUACCGAAUUGGGUCCUUUGGACCCCAGGAGGAUUUGCUGUUUCUCAGAGCUUCUGAGCUUGCCAGGGCCGAGGGUAUCCCACGCAUCUAUGUAGCAGCCAACAGCGGAGCAAGAAUUGGACUGGCGGAGGAAAUUCGUCAUAUGUUUCACGUGGCCUGGGUUGAUCCUGAGGAUCCUUACAAGGGAUUCAAAUAUUUAUAUCUGACCCCUCAAGAUUAUAAGAGAGUCAGUGCUCUCAACUCUGUCCAUUGUGAACAUGUGGAGGAUGAAGGAGAAUCCAGGUACAAGAUAACUGAUAUUAUUGGGAAGGAAGAGGGACUUGGAGCCGAGAACCUUCGAGGUUCUGGAAUGAUUGCUGGAGAAUCUUCGCUGGCUUACGACGAGAUCAUCACCAUUAGCCUGGUUACUUGCCGGGCCAUUGGAAUUGGGGCUUACCUCGUCCGGCUGGGACAGAGAACCAUCCAGGUUGAAAAUUCUCACUUAAUUCUGACAGGAGCUGGGGCCCUCAACAAAGUCCUCGGGAGGGAGGUGUACACCUCCAACAACCAGCUCGGGGGCAUCCAGAUCAUGCACAACAACGGGGUGACCCACAGCACCGUCUGCGAUGACUUUGAAGGCGUGUUCACCGUCCUGCACUGGCUGUCGUAGAGUGUGCACAGCUCAGUUCCUCUGCUGAACUCCAAGGAUCCUAUAGAUAGAGUCAUCGAGUUUGUUCCCACAAAGGCUCCCUAUGACCCUCGGUGGAUGCUGGCCGGCCGGCCUCACCCAA